ACCAGACCCAUCUCAGGACUCAUAAUUCUCAAAAUUAAUUAAAACCUCCUUCCCAAUUACGAGGGAAUUAAGCUGGCUGCCUUAGAAGCCUGCGACGGCCGGGGGAAUCUGGGUCGGCGUUUUGGGGCUGGGUUUGGGGGCUGUGUUGGUGAGCAUCUCUGUCUUCUCCCUUAGGGUUGCCACCCAGGAUUAUGAGCGGCUGAGAUGGAGACGUCUGCCUCAGCCCCUGCCGCGGAGAAGAAGGACGGCAAAAGUGGGACCCUGGAAGGCAACGGCUUUCCCGACCUGGGCAAGAAAGCUUCUCGUGCAGCGGCUGCAGCGGCGGCAGCGGCAGCUGUCCAAGGAGCACCACAGCACCUUCUGCCGCCCUUCCAUGCUCCCUUGCCAGUUGACAUGCGACACCAGGAGGGAAGGUAUCCCUACGAGCCUCACUCUGUCCACAGCCUGCAUGGGCCUCCUACCCUGAGCGGCAGCCCUGUCAUCUCUGACAUCUCUUUGAUCCGGCUUUCCCCACACCCUGCCGGCCCUGGGGAGUCCCCCCUGAGUGCCCCCCACCCGUACGUGAAUCCCCAUAUGGAGCACUACCUCCGUUCUGUGCACAGCAGCCCCACCCUCUCCAUGAUCUCUGCAGCCCGGGGCCUCAGCCCCGCUGAUGUGGCACACGAGCACCUUAAGGAGAGAGGACUAUUUGGCCUGCCCCCUCCAGGCACCAACCCUUCCGACUAUUACCACCAGAUGGCCCUCAUGGCGGGCCACCCCACACCCUACGGGGACCUGCUGAUGCAGAGCGGGGGCGCUGCAGGCGCGCCUCAUCUUCACGACUACCUCACUCCGGUGGAUGUGUCUCGCUUCUCCAGCCCACGGGUGACCCCCCGACUGAGCCGCAAGCGGGCGCUGUCCAUCUCGCCGCUCUCAGACGCCAGCCUGGACCUGCAGCGGAUGAUCCGGACCUCCCCCAACUCACUGGUGGCCUACAUCAACAACUCCCGCAGCAGCUCGGCGGCCAGCGGCUCCUACGGGCACCUGUCGGCAGGUGCUCUCAGCCCAGCCUUCACCUUCCCCCACCCCAUCAACCCCGUGGCCUACCAGCAGAUCCUGAGCCAGCAGAGGGGCCUGGGCUCAGCCUUUGGACACACACCACCCCUGAUCCAGCCCUCACCCACCUUCCUGGCCCAGCAGCCCAUGGCCCUUACCUCCAUCAAUGCCACACCCACCCAGCUCAGCAGCAGCAGCAACUGUCUGAGUGACACCAACCAGAACAAGCAGAGCAGCGAGUCGGCUGUGAGCAGCACGGUCAACCCCAUCGUGAUCCACAAGCGCAGUAAGGUCAAGACAGAAGCCGAGGGCCUGAGGCCCACUUCCCCACUGACGCUGACACAGGAGCAACUGGCUGACCUCAAGGAAGACCUGGACAGAGAUGACUGUAAGCAAGACCCAGAGGUGGUCAUCUAUGAGACCAACUGCCACUGGGAAGACUGUACCAAGGAGUAUGACACCCAGGAGCAGCUAGUGCACCACAUCAACAACGACCACAUCCACGGGGAGAAGAAGGAGUUUGUGUGCCGCUGGCAGGCCUGCACGCGGGAGCAGAAGCCCUUCAAGGCACAGUACAUGCUGGUGGUGCACAUGCGGCGGCACACUGGUGAGAAGCCGCACAAGUGCACGUUCGAGGGCUGCUCCAAGGCCUACUCUCGCCUGGAGAACCUGAAGACGCACCUGCGGUCCCACACCGGGGAGAAGCCCUACGUGUGCGAGCACGAGGCCUGUAACAAGGCCUUCUCCAACGCCUCCGACCGCGCCAAGCACCAGAACCGCACCCACUCCAAUGAGAAACCCUACAUCUGCAAGAUCCCAGGCUGCACCAAGAGAUACACCGACCCCAGCUCACUCCGGAAGCACGUGAAAACAGUGCACGGCCCAGACGCUCACGUCACCAAGAAGCAGCGCAACGAUGUGCACCUCCGCGCCCCACCGCUCAAGGAGAAUGGGGACAACGAGGCCAGCGCCAAGCCAGGUGGCCGGGGCCCUGAGGAGAAUGCCGAGGCCGCCAGCACCAGCCAGGCCGUGGAGGACAGCCUGUACGUCAAAGCCAUCAAGACCGAGAGCUCCGUGUUGUGUCAGUCCAGCCCCAGGGCUCAGUCGUCCUGCAGCAGUGAGCUCUCGCCCCUGGGCAAUGCCCCCAACAAUGACAGUGGCAUGGAGAUGCCAGGGACAGGGCCUGGGAGCCUGGGAGACCUGACAGCACUAGACGACAUGCCCCUGGGGGCCAACGCCUCAGCACUGGCUGCCCCCUCAGCUGGUGGCCUGCAGCUGCGCAAACACAUGACCACCAUGCAGCUCAAGAAGGAGAAGCUAAAGUCGCUCCAGGAUUCCUGCUCAUGGGUCGGGCCAGCUGCACACACCCGGACCGCCAAGCUGCCUCCCCUCCCGGGCAGUGGCGCCAUCCUGGAAAGCUUCAGCAGUGGCGGGCCGGCAGGGCUGCUGCCCAACCCGCAGCUGUCUGAGCUGCCCGGGAGUGAGGUGACCAUGCUGAGCCAGCUGCAGGAGCGCCGCGACAGCUCUACCAGCACAGUCAGUUCAGCCUACACCGUGAGCCGCCGCUCCUCCGGCAUCUCCCCCUACUUCUCCAGCCGCCGCUCCAGCGAGGCCUCGCCGCUGGGCCCCGGCCGCAUCCACAACGCCAGCUCAGCUGACUCCUACGAUCCCAUCUCCACGGACGCAUCGCGGCGCUCCAGCGAGACCAGCCAGUGCAGUGGUGGCGGCUCGGGGCCACUGUACCUCACCCCAGCGCAGCAGUACAGCUUGCGGGCCAAGUACGCGGCAGCCACCGGCGGGCCCCCGCCCACGCCCCUGCCCUGCCUAGAACGCAUGAGCCUGCGGACCCGGCUGGCGCUGCUCGACGCGCCCGAGCCCAUGCUGCUGCCGUCCUGCCCGCGCGCUCUGGGCCCCCGGCGCGGCAGCGAUGGCCCCGUCCCCAGCUACCCCGGGCCGGCGCCCGCCUUCGCCCACGACGUGCCGGGCCACGGCGCGCGGCGGGCGAGCGACCCGGUGCGGCGGUCCGAUCCCGCAGCGCUCCCGCGGGUGCAGCGCUUCCACAGCGCCAGCAACGUGAGCCCGGCCGCGCUGCCGCCCGAGCGCCGCGCUUUCGGCCUGCAGUCCUACCUGGUGGGUCGCGGCGCCUACUCGCCACGCCCGCCCAGCAUCAGCGAGAACGUGGUGAUGGAGGCCCUGGCGGCAGAGGCGGACGGCGCAGGACCCGAGGAUGACCUCGUGCUGCCUGACGAUGUGGUUCAGUAUCUUAAGUCUCGUGCCAGCGGCGCCCAGGAGGAGAAUGGCCCAGAAGCCUAUCCUGCCGAGAGCACGGGUUUUUCCGUGAACCUCAAGCUGCCCAGCCCUGGGUUACACAGCCAGCAUAGGAUGGUGGCAGCAGACUCCAACGUGGGCCCCUCCGCCCCGGUGCUGGGAGGCUGCCAACUGGGUUAUGGGGCACCUGCGAGCCUAAACAAAAGCAACAUGCCUGUGCAAUGGAACGAGGUGAGCUCGGGCACGGUGGAUGCCCUGGCCAACCAAAUGAAGCCUCCACCCUUCUCACAGGGCAACUUGGUGGUAGUGCCACAGAAACAGGCCCUUGGCCAGUACCCAGGCUUCAAUCAGCAGGGUCUGCAGACUAGCCCAGGAGGCCUGGACAGCACACAGCCACACCUGCAGCCCCAUUCUGGGCCCAGGGCGAACUACAUGCAGCAGCUUCGACAGCCAGCCACAGGUGGCCAGUGUCCCAGCAUGAACACGGCAUCGAGCCCCCACUCCAGCUACAGCCAGUCCCACUCCCAGCUGGGCCCCAGCGCCAUGGGAGGGGCCCUGAACCAGUUCUCCCCAUCCUGCAGCAACAUGGCAGCCAAGCCAGGCCACCUGGGGCUCCCUCAGCACAUGGAAGUUGCUCCUGACCCUACCAUGAUAGGCAGCAGCCACAGGGAACUUGGGGUCCCCAAUUCCACCUUGGCCAUGGUGCCCCCACCUCUCCCAUCCCAGAGCUACUCACAGCAGAGCCAUCACCUGGCAGCCCCCAUGAGCCAGGAGGGCUACCGCCAGGGCCCCAACCUUCUGCCUUCUCACCAGCCUGGCUUCAUGGAGCCCCAGCAGGGCAUGAUGGAUGUGGCUGCAUCAAGCUUUGGCCUAGUGCAGCCCCGGCCACCCCCUGAGCCCAGCCCUGCCAGCCGCCACCGUGGGGUGCGUGCUGGGCAGCAGCUGGCUUAUGCCAGGGCCACUGGCCAUGCCAUGACUGCUGGCGUGGCCAGCCAGGAGACAACAGAGGCCAUGUCCAAGGGAAUGAUGGGAACUAUGGUGCCUCUGCCCCCACAGCCACCCCCACAGGACACAGGCGGGGCCCAGGACCACAGCCUGCUCUACUACUAUGGCCAGAUCCACAUGUACGAGCAGAACGGAGGCAUGGAGAGCCACGUGGACUGCCAGGCCAUGCAGACCCAAGCUUGUGCAGACAGCCUGAAGCCUCAGCCAUUGCCCUCGCCAGGGGUCAAUCAAGUGUCCAGCACCGUGGACUCCCAGCUCCUGGAGGCCCCUCAGGUUGAUUUUGACGCCAUCAUGGAUGAUGGAGAUCAUUCGAGCUUGCUCUCGGGCGCCCUGAGUCCCAGCCUCCUCCACAGCCUCUCCCAGAACUCCUCCCGCCUCACCACCCCCCGGAACUCCCUGACCCUGCCCGCCAUCCCCACGGGUAUCAGCAACAUGGCCGUCGGGGACAUGAGCUCCAUGCUCACCAGCUUGGCCGAAGAGAGCAAGUUCCUGAACAUGAUGACCUAAGCCCCAGCCCCGGUGCCCAGCGAACCUGGAGGAACCACUUCCCAGAGCAGGGGGGUUUUGUCUUUUUGUGUUUGUCCAAAAAAGUAUUAAAUAGGUCCGAGGGGUUUUUGCUGAUGGCUGGCUCAGACCACAGCUGCUUUAAAGCAAGUCUCAUGUGCAGACCUUCUGGUCUCUUUGGGUUACUUUUCAGAACACUGAGAAAAGUCUCAAUAAGAAAGGAAGGUAGAAAUGAACAACUCAUUUACACAGUGCUUUCCAGCCUUUGGCGUUUAUCCUCUGUUCCGGCUCCUUCACCUCUGCCGUUUGGCUGAUAAAGGAUUACAUCGGCCAAGGGCUUUCCAAGUACGCAGGGAAAGAGGGAAGGCGAACCACAUUGGGUCUGAAUCUGAAAGCCAUAAAGGAUAUUUUGUUGCGGGAAGAUUAGCUUCUUAUUCCAGCACUCACAAGGACAAGGAAUUCCUGGCCAACCAGAAUUCUUCUAUGAAGCUUAAUUCUUGAGGCCUCUAACGUCACUUGCCACAAAACAGAUUCUACCUGAGUGACUCAGAAGCACGUCCUUAUUCCAGGGUUGGUAGAGCUGGCAUCUCGAUCCCAUAAAGCUGAGUUUGGGACCCACAGACUGUCCAAGUGUAUGCAACUGAGUUACGUAUCAGAAGUAUCACCAGAAAAAGCAAAGAAAAAACUGGUAAUGCUCUUGGGGCAAGCCCACAAGCAUCCCUGGCUUCCCCAGCCCAUGUUUACAGUGUUCGUGCGUGUAGAAUGUAGCCCUUCCUGAAAAGAAUGCUCAUUUCUAAAUACCUCGGGGCCGCUGGAGCUCCUGUGGGCCAGGGAUGGACCAAGGUGAGCUGACGCACCAAUGGUGCCUGGAGAAGGGCCCAGCAGGAAGAGGAAGUCGCAUGUUUACCAAAUCCUCUCUUUCUCCAAUGCACUAUAUGCCCACUUGAUCAUGGAGAACUCCAGGGCUGGAUGACAGCCCCUCUGCCCAGGCUCCCAUUAAUUAGUCUGCACCAAGCCAGUGUGCGGUGCCCAGAAUCUUAUGGACUCCCUGCCUUCUGUUCCUCCCUGUCCCUUUGGCUGAGAAUGUUGACAUGCAUGGUGUUUUGUGGUGGGAGUGGGAGGGUGACUGGGGUUAAUUCUUGGGACUCUAAGGAACCAUCACCGAAUUUUCCUAUUCAGUAUGACCAAGUCCCACCUGGAAAUGGAAUUUGGAACUUGGCUUCAAGGGGUGAAUUGAUGAAUCCCCCAUCAUAUGCACAUACACCUCCCCCCACGCCACCCAAACCUCUCCAUGUGGAAUUUCUGGCAGCCUUGCCAAGCCAACCGCACCGUGAUGAGCUUGAUCCUAACUGUGACCCUGGCUUCAACCAAGGACUCCCUAGACAGGGCCAAAACCUUCUCACUAGCCCCCCUGCAUCCCAGAACAUCAAACCCUGUUAAGGUCCAAAGACAAGGCCAGCUCGGAACAACCAGCCCUUGGACUUCUCAAAGGGCCUGGGGCUCUGUGGUGGUGGUCAUUUACUUGCUGACAUAGAGUUUUGCUAGCCAUUCUCAACCUGUAUAUAUUCUGUACAAAAGACAUGAUUCCUGAGGAUUCUGUAGGUGAACCAUCCAGCCAAAUUUUAUCUCCAAAAAACAUUUUUAGCUUU